AUGUGUUCAAAGAGUAGCCACAACUGCUUAGUUUCUUUUGUUUGUUGUUUGGUUCUGGCAGGUGAGAAGCCAGGGACGGAGCAAGAUGAAGUUAAGCUGCAGAAUGCCAGCAAGCAGAUUGUGCAGACUGCUAUCCUUCUAGCAGUACAGCAAGUUUCCCAGGAGAGCCAGCAAAAGGAGAAGCGGACAAACAGCAGCAUGAGCCUCCAGCUGGAAAGAGGAAAAUUGACCAAGAAGCAUGAAAAAAAGUAA